AUGGACUGGGAAAAACUUAAUAUCAAAUGUCCAAGCACUGUUUCUGCUAUGAGUGGAAAAACCUUUACAAAGUGUGAACUGGCAAAAGAGUUAGCAGAAUCAAACCACGAUAUACCACGUAGUGAUAUUGACGACUAUGUUUGUAUGGCAGAAUUUGAAUCGAGCUAUAGAACUAACGUAAUAAGUCCUCCAAACAUUGAUGGAUCUCGCGACCAUGGACUUUUCCAGAUUAAUGAUUAUUGGAACUGUGAUCCUCAGAAUGGACAAACCACCAAGAAUGGCUGCAAUGCAAAUUGUUCAGAUUUCAGAAAUGACGAUAUAUCUGAUGACAUCGUGUGUGUAAAACAGCUGAAGAGAGAACAUCAUGGAUUUGGAUUUUCAUCUUAA